GCGCUAACAUGGCGGUCGCGCUGCUGCUGCGCGCCCUGCGCCAGGGCCCGGGGCCGGGCCCAGGGCGGCUGUGGGGCCCAGGCUCGGGCUGGAUCCCCGGCCUCUCCGCCGGGGCCGGGAGGAGGUGGCCGCACUGGGUCCUCAGGCCUCCCGUGGGCCUCGCUGGGGCUGGAGGCCGAGCCCUACAGAGCUUGCAAUUGCGACUGCUAACCCCUACCUUUAAAGGGAUCAGUGGAGUGUUAUUGAAACAACAUCUGGUUCAGAAUCCAGUCAUACUCUGGCGACUUUUAGGUGGCACUUACUAUUUUAACACCUCCAGGAGGAAGCAGAAGAGUAAGGACAAUGACAGACCCAAGGGGAGGACCCCUGAAGAUGAGGAAGAGGAGAGGAGACGCAGGGAGCGCGAGGACCAGAUGUACCGCGAGCGGCUGCGCACCCUGUUCAUCAUCGCCGUGGUCAUGAGCCUGCUGAACUCGCUCAACACCAGCGGGGGCAACAUCUCCUGGAACGACUUUGUCAACGAGAUGCUGGCCAAGGGCGAGGUGCAGCGGGUGCAGGUGGUGCCCGAGAGCGAUGUGGUGGAAGUCUACCUGCACCCCGGCGCUGUGGUGUUCGGGCGGCCUAGGCUGGCCCUGAUGUACCGAAUGCAGGUUGCAAACAUCGACAAAUUUGAAGAGAAGCUUCGAGCAGCUGAAGACGAGCUGAACAUCGAUGGCAAGGACAGGAUCCCGGUUUCCUACAAGCGCACGGGCUUCUUUGGGAACGCGCUCUACGCCCUUGGGAUGACGGCAGUGGGCCUGGCCAUCCUGUGGUACGUUUUCCGCCUGGCUGGCAUGACGGGAAGGGAAGGCGGAUUCAGUGCUUUUAAUCAGCUCAGAAUGGCGCGUUUCACGAUUGUGGACGGCAAGACGGGCAAAGGAGUCAGCUUCAAAGACGUGGCGGGGAUGCACGAAGCCAAACUGGAAGUCCGAGAGUUUGUGGAUUAUCUGAAGAGCCCGGAGCGCUUCCUGCAGCUCGGCGCCAAGGUUCCCAAGGGUGCGCUGCUGCUCGGACCCCCCGGCUGUGGGAAGACGCUGCUGGCCAAGGCGGUGGCCACAGAGGCCCAGGUGCCCUUCUUGGCGAUGGCCGGCCCGGAAUUCGUGGAGGUCAUCGGAGGCCUUGGCGCUGCCCGUGUGCGGAGCCUCUUCAAGGAGGCGCGGGCCCGGGCCCCCUGCAUCGUGUACAUCGACGAGAUCGACGCCGUGGGCAAGCGGCGGGCCACCGCCGUGUCCGGCUUCUCCAACACCGAGGAGGAGCAGACGCUCAACCAGCUUCUGGUGGAGAUGGACGGCAUGGGCACCACAGACCACGUCAUCGUCCUGGCAUCCACCAAUCGAGCCGACAUUUUGGACAACGCUCUGAUGAGGCCGGGCCGGCUUGACAGACACGUCUUCAUUGACCUCCCCACCCUGCAGGAGAGGCGGGAGAUUUUCGAGCAGCACCUGAAGAGCCUGAAGCUGACCCAGGCCAGCACCUUCUACUCGCAGCGUCUGGCGGAGCUGACGCCUGGAUUCAGUGGUGCCGACAUCGCCAACAUCUGUAACGAAGCUGCGCUGCACGCCGCGAGGGAGGGGCACACGUCCGUCCACACCUUCAACUUCGAGUACGCCGUGGAGCGUGUCAUUGCCGGGACGGCCAAAAAGAGCAAGAUCUUGUCCAAGGAAGAGCAGAAGGUGGUUGCGUUCCACGAGUCAGGCCACGCCCUGGUGGGCUGGCUUCUGGAGCACACGGAGGCUGUGAUGAAGGUCUCCAUCGCGCCGCGGACGAACGCCGCUCUGGGCUUUGCUCAGAUGCUCCCCAGGGACCAGCAUCUCUUCACCAAGGAGCAGCUGUUUGAGCGGAUGUGCAUGGCCCUGGGCGGCCGGGCCUCGGAGGCCAUCUCCUUCAACAAGGUCACGUCCGGGGCCCAGGACGACCUGAGGAAAGUCACCCACAUCGCCUACUCCAUGGUGAAGCAGUUCGGGAUGGCACCUGGCGUCGGGCCCAUCUCCUUCCCAGAGGCACAGGAGGGCCUUGCGGGCGUCGGGCGGCGCCCCUUCAGCCAGGGCCUGCAGCAGAUGAUGGACCACGAAGCGAAACUGCUGGUGGCCAGGGCCUACAGACACACCGAGCGGGUGCUGCUGGACAACCUGGACAAGCUGCGGGCGCUGGCCAACGCCCUUCUGGAGAAGGAGGUGAUCAACUACGAGGACAUCGAGGCCCUCAUCGGCCCGCCACCGCACGGGCCCAAGAAGCUGAUCGCCCCACAGAAGUGGGUGGACGCCCAGAGAGAGAAGCAAGACUCUGGGGAGGAAGCAGAGGCCCAGCAGCCCCUGCAAGGGGAGGAGCCGUCCUGGCCCAGGUAGUGGGGGCUCCCUGACUGCACGUGGGGCCAGCCAGGACCCGAACGCACUCGGCUGCCCCUGGGCUUAUUUUCAGCUGUGUGUCUCCUCUUUUAGCUCUCAGCGGUCUGUGCUGAAGGGCUCCAGGGUUGAGGCCCCUGUACGUGAUGAGUAAAGUUCUUUGCAGAAAUGGCUGCUA